AUGGUUUUACAAAUGAAUGAAAGUGCAAAUGGUCUUCCUACGCCUAUGGUCACAAACUGUAAACUUUCAGCUAAGUAUGAAAAUCCAGUUGAGAAUGUUACUCAAUUUAACAGCAUUAUUGGAGCCCUACAGUAUGUUGUGAUCACUCGUCCAGAUAUCACUUUUUCUGUCAAUCGUGUGUUUCAACUUAUGCAAGCUCAUAUUGACACUCAUUUUCAGGUUGUGAAACAUAUCUUAAUAUACUUACAAGGAACGAUUGACUUUGGUAUGAGUUUCUUAGCGUCUUCUAGAUUUUCCUUGACAGGAUUUGCUGAUGCAAGUUGGGGAGCAGAUGUGGAUGAUAGACGUUCUACUUCUGGUUUUUUCAUUUACUUUGGGGGCAAUUUAGUUUCAUGGAGCUCUCGAAAACAACAAAUUGUGGCUCGAUCAACAGUUGAAGUAGAAUAUCGAAGUGUUGCGUGUGCAGAUGCUGAAAUGGUAUAG